AUGACAGGUCAUGCGAGGCAGCCACUGGCCGCCGCAACAGAGACACUCUGGAGAGAAGAAGCCAGGAACGAAGGAGGCCAGUGCUGGAGCAUCUCAGAGGAGGAGAUGAUGGGAGCAGCGACAGCACCGCAUUCUGGCGGUUUCGUGACGAUUCGGGGAGCUGCCCGGGGGAACAUGUUUAAAGCGGCUAAGAAAGUUCAUUUUUCGCCGGAAACAGAGAACGAUAUGAAGCAUAAGAUAGCAAAGCAGAUUAUUCAGGGAGAAAAUCCAAUUGUUGAGGAAGGUUUACGGCAUGGCAAAGGAAACAGUCGUCAAUAG